AACAACUUAUUCUAAGGAACGUCAGGGAAACAUCCUCUUUUAAAUGGCCUCUAGCGACUAAAUCAAAAGCAAGUCUGGAUAAUAUAAUACAUGGAUUUAAGAGUCACUGGUAAGGAAGUACCUAAGAGUUCUAUCGAAAGUAGAGGUGGUUACUCGGGAACAGUGGGGAGCAGUAGCCCCUCGAUGCCGGGAGACCCUCAAGUGUCCUGCUCAAAGAGUUGUCAUACACCACACUGCACUGUUGCACUGCAGGGGCAUCCGAGAAUGUAUGGACCAGCUCAUCCACAUACAGACAAUGCAUAUGCAGGAUAGGAACUUUGAUGACAUUGGAUACAACUUUCUUAUUGGGGGAGAUUGCACAGUGUAUGAGGGCCGAGGCUGGGGUGUUGUGGGUGCACAUACCAAGGACAAUAACCGUGACUCUUUGGGCAUUGCCUUCAUGGGCAACUUCAACAAUGAGAGCCCCAGUCCAGCAGCCCUGUCAUCUGUUAAACAGCUCCUGCAGUGUGGGGUUUCCCAGGGGCAUUUGCACCCUGGAUUUACCCUGCUUGGGCAUAGAGACUUGGGGGACACUGAAUGUCCUGGGGAGAGACUAUAUGCUGCACUAAAACAUCUAAAAUUUCCCUAAACAUAACCUCUUCCACAGGCUCAAUUGCUACUGGUUCGACAGAGAAAGUGAGUCGGUGAUGAAAGAGAAUUACCCUGAACAGCACACUUAACAUUUUGGGACUUCCUUGUGUGUUUUUAAACCACUAGAUGGGGCAAUGAUGCUUUAUCGUAGCCAUGCCCUAAAAUGCAUACUCUUUUUUUCACAAGCAUUUCACUACACCCGCAAUAACAUCUGCUAAACACUUGUAUGUGACCAAUAAAAUUUGAUUUGAUAAUGGGGUUUCCCAAACCCAGUCCUGGGGCCCCCCUGGGUGCACGUUUUGUUUUUGCCCUAGCACUACACAGCUGAUUCAAAUGACCAACUCACCAUCAAGCUUUGAUUAUUUGAAUCAGCUGUGUAGUGGACCAUUAGACCACUUUAUAUAUCUGUGUUUUGUAGAGGACAUAGAGUGGGGGGUAUUUGAUCCCCUGCUGAUUUUGUACAUUUGCCCACUGACAAAGAAAUGAUCCGUCUAUAAUUUUAAUGGUAGGUUUAUUUGAACGGUGAAAGACAGAAUAACAACAAAGUAAUCCAGAAAAAAGCAUGUAAAAAAUGUUAUAAAUUGAUUUGCAUUUUAAUGAGGGAAAUAAGUAUUUGACCCCCUCUCAAUCAGAAAGAUUUCUGGCUCCCAGGUGUCUUUUAUACAGGUAACGAGCUGAUAUUAGGAGCACUCUUAAAGGGAGUGCUCCUAAUCUCAGUUUGUUACCUGUAUAAAAGACACCUGUCCACAGAAGCAAUCAAUCAGAUUCCAAACUCUCCACCAAGGACAAGAUCAAAGAGCUCUCCAGGGAUGUCAGGGACAAGAUUGUAGACCUACACAAGGGUGGAAUGGGCUACAAGACCAUCGCCAAGCAGCUUGGUGAGAAGGUGACAACAGUUGGUGCGAUUAUUCGCAAAUGGAAGAAACACAAAAGAACUGUCAAUCUCCCUCGGCCUGGGGCUCCAUGCAAGAUCUCACCUCGUGGAGUUGCAAUGAUCAUGGGAACGGUGAGGAAUCAGCCCAGAACUACACGGGAGGAUCUUGUCAAUGAUCUCAAGGCAGCUGGGACCAUAGUCACCAAGAAAACAAUUGGUAACACACUACGCCGUGAAGGACUGAAAUCCUGCAGGGCCCGCAAGGUCCCCUGCUCAAGAAAGCACAUAUACAUGCCCGUCUGAAGUUUGCAAAUUAACAUCUGAAUGAUUCAACUGGGACAACUGGGUGAUAGUGUUGUGGUCAGAUGAGACCAAAUGGAGCUCUUUGGCAUCAACUCAACUCGCCAUGUUUGGAGGAGGAGGAAUGCUGCCUAUGACCCCAAGAACACCAUCCCCACCAUCAAACAUGGAGGUGGAAACAUGCUUUGGGGGUGUUUUUCUGCUAAGCAGACAGGACAACUUCACCGCAUCAAAGGGACGAUGGACGGGGCCAUGUACUGUUAAAUCUUGGGCGAGAACCUCCUUCCCUCAGCCAGGGCAUUGAAAAUGGGUCGCGGAAUGGGUUUUCCAGCAUGACAAUGACCCAAAACACACGGCCAAGGCAGCAAAGGAGUGGCUCAAGAAGAAGCACAUUAAGGUCCUGGAGUGGCCUAACCAGUCUCCAGACCUUAAUCCCAUAGAAAAUCUGUGGAGAGAGCUGAAGGUUCGAGUUGCCAAACGUCAGCCUCGCAACUUUAAUGACUUGGAGAAGAUCUGCAAAGAGGAGUGGGACAAAAUCCCUCCUGAGAUGUGUGCAAACCUGGUGGCCAACUACAAGAAACAUCUGACCUCUGUGAUUGCCAACAAGGGUUUUGCCACCAAGUACUAAGUCAUGUUUUGCAGAGGGGUCAAAUACUUAUUUCCCUCAUUAAAAUGCAAAUCAAUUUAUAACAUUUUUGACAAGUGUUUUUCUGGAUUUGGGUUAAUGGUAGAUAAACCUACCAUUAAAAUUAUAGACUGAUAAUUUCUUUGUCAGUGGGCAAAUGUACAAAAUCAGCAGGGGAUCAAAUACUUUUUUCCCUCACUGUACGAGGGCAAUGUACAGUUUGUCUGAUUUGCCAAUUGAUGUGCAAGCGGCUUCAGGAAUCUGUUGUAAAUCGCCACCCAUUCAGUGUAAUUGUAGAGGCAAAAUAUUAAGGUUGUAAAAUGCUUCUGUUUAGAUUAGGCUAAACAUGAUUUAUUUGGGUAUUCACAUUAAAUUGUCCACAUACCAUUA